AUGUCUGAGUUUUCGACAGAAGCUUUCACGCUUCUUGGCGUGGCCAUCGCCGUCAUCUUCUUGAGGACCUAUGCGCGCAUCAACGCCGUUGGCUUCAAGCAUCUGCAGGCAGAUGACUACCUCAUGCUGCUUAUUGUGAUUACAUACUCAGCCGAGACUGCUUUGGCGUACAGCGUAGGGGCGCUUUGGAAGGGGCUCGCCAACAACGGCAUGACGGACGAGGAGCGGAAGAGCCUGGACCCAACGAGCGAAGAAUAUUUAACAAGGGUGAACGGAUCAAAGACACAAAUCGCGGGAUGGAUCACUUACAGCUGCUUGGUCCUCUGGCCUGCCAAAGCUGCCAUGUGCACUUUUUACGUGCGCCUCACCGAGGGAUUGCAUAACUUUCGCAAACGAAUCAUCGCGGGAUUCGUUUUUAUUGCGGUAACGUGGCUGGCGGUGUUUCUGUCCAUCAUCUUCAGUUGCGUCCCGAUGCACAAAAAUUGGCAAAUCUAUCCGGACCCGGGCAACUUUUGCCAGCCGGCCAUCUCGAAGGUCAAUAUCCUCGUCACCGUCUCCCUCAAUGUGAUUACAGAUCUCUACCUGCUCAGCAUACCGAUCCCGAUGCUCUUGGGCGCUAGGCUACCCUUGCGACAGAAAAUCGGUCUCGUUGUGCUAUUUUCGGGAGGCAUCUUCGUGACCAUGGCCGGUAUCCUCCGCUGCGUGCUCAUCAUUACGAAUCCCGUCACAGGCGCGCAGCAAGCAGGUUCCUGGGCCGUCCGCGAGACGUUUGUCGCAAUCGUCACCACCAACAUGCCGGUGGUCUUCCCCCUGCUCCGCCGCUGGCUUACACCCAUCGUCGGAUCCAUCUCGAGUACCCUGUCACGAGGCGGCACCAGUAACAGAUACGACAACAAGAACAAUAAUAAGAGAUCCAACCUACCGGCACCAGGGAGUAUCAUGCUUGGAAGUGUGGGUGAGGGCAGCAGCAACAGAAAGAAGAGCCGGCCGCCGUAUAGUCAGUACCCGAUCACAGAAUUCACCGUGUCCGGGAGCGAGGAGCACCUGAACAAGUCACCGCCGUUGCCGGGAGGCAUCAGCAAGAACGUGGAGAUACAUAUCGAGGAGUCGAAACGGGCUGGUGAAAGGGAUACAUCGAGCACAGACAGCAAUAUGGAAGGCCGAGACAUGAGCUUCACGGUCGAGGUGAGUGGAGCCGACGAGAGCAGAUCAAAAGCGACGAGGAGUAAGAGUUAUCGAGAAAAUAUGAGAUCUACCUUUUCGGUAGGUGGUAAUAGAAAAAGCGACAGCGUUGUAUAA